AGUCUGAGGCUUGAAAACUUGUUAAAAGCUCUCCCAGCGUUCCAAGUUAGAAAAAACUUUUACGAGGUAUCAGCACUUUUCUUUCAUUAGCGGGGAAGGAAGGAUGAAAAAUACGGAACAGCGGUAGACUUUUAAAGUUUAAAUAGACAGGUCUGAGUGCCUGAACGUGCUCUUCGAUUUUACUUUAACCCUCCAAAGAAGUAUUCUGAUCCAGUUUCACUGCUGAUCAGCAAGGCCAGCAUCCUGUGAAGAUGGGUGAUUGGAGUGCCUUGGGAAAACUGCUUGACAAGGUUCAAGCCUAUUCUACUGCAGGAGGGAAGGUGUGGCUGUCUGUCCUCUUUAUUUUCCGAAUCUUGCUACUGGGGACAGCAGUCGAAUCUGCGUGGGGAGAUGAACAGUCGGCUUUCCGGUGCAACACUCAGCAGCCUGGUUGUGAGAACGUCUGCUAUGACAAGUCCUUCCCCAUCUCCCACGUGCGCUUCUGGGUUCUGCAGAUCAUAUUUGUGUCUGUACCGACGCUUUUGUACCUGGCUCAUGUGUUCUAUGUAAUGAGGAAAGAAGAGAAGCUGAACAAAAGAGAAGAAGAGCUCAAGGUGGUCCAAAAUGAUGGUGUGAAUGUGGAUAUGCACCUCAAGCAAAUAGAAAUUAAGAAAUUCAAGUAUGGGAUCGAAGAACAUGGCAAAGUGAAAAUGCGUGGGGGACUGCUCCGUACUUACAUCAUCAGCAUCCUGUUUAAAUCUGUCUUCGAGGUGGCUUUCUUGCUGAUACAGUGGUACAUUUAUGGGUUUAGCCUGAAUGCCAUCUACACCUGUGAGCGAGAUCCGUGCCCGCACAGAGUGGACUGUUUCCUCUCCCGUCCCACUGAGAAAACCAUCUUCAUCCUCUUCAUGCUGGUCGUGUCCUUGGUGUCUCUUGCCUUGAACAUCAUUGAGCUUUUCUACGUGUUCUUCAAGGGCGUCAAGGAUCGUGUGAAAGGGAAAACCGACCCCUACUCCCACAGCGGUACCAUGAGCCCUUCCAAGGACUGUAGCUCCCCCAAAUAUGCUUAUUACAAUGGGUGCUCCUCACCCACGGCCCCCUUGUCUCCCAUGUCUCCCCCAGGGUACAAGCUCGUUACCGGAGACAGGAACAAUUCCUCCUGUCGUAACUACAAUAAGCAAGCCAGCGAGCAAAACUGGGCCAACUACAGCGCGGAACAGAACAGAAUGGGGCAGGCUGGCAGCACCAUCUCCAACUCACAUGCCCAGCCCUUCGACUUCUCUGAUGAGCACCAGAACGCUAAAAAACUGGCGUCGGGACAUGAGCUGCAACCCCUCACCAUUGUGGACCAAAGGCCUCCCAGCAGAGCCAGCAGCCGAGCCAGCAGCAGGCCUCGACCUGAUGACCUGGAGAUCUAACCUUCUAGCUGCAGUACUUGCUCUACUAUGAAACGAUGUGCAUCGGAAGAUGCCGUCAGUGCUGAUCUUGUUCCAGUGGAGGUGGUACUUAACAGUUGCAAGCAGGAGUUUUUAACAAUCAUAAAAACAAA